AUGCCUGGAGCCAAAGGGCGCAAACGACGACGACGACCACCUCCUCCGCCUCCGCCUCCUCUUCCUCCCAUUCCUCCAACUCCGCCCAAAACAACCCCGACCGGGUCUGAGCCGAAAGAAUGGUCGGAUAAAGACGAGCCUGCUUCUAAAGACUAUGCCCCUUAUGUUCAUUCAAAUCUGACACCUCCUGAUCCGUGCCCAUAUCACUACAAGCCCGUCUAUUACUUCUUCUACGAUAGUCUCAGGCAGCCGGCCAAGCUCCAAAUGGUCCUUGAAGCCCCCGAGCCCCCCAAACUACGAAAUGCCAGAGUCCGCGGAUACUCGCUUGCACCACGCGGUCGUUACACGUCACUUGUCGAAGGUCAACCUGGGUCGGGGGUCCUGGGCAGGGCGGUACAAGUGCAAUCUGCUCAAGAGGAAUACAAGCUCGGCUGGCACCAAACCAGCGCUUACAUGCUUGUCCCAUGUUUGAUUGAGUUUAUAGAUGGUCACGAGCCGAAAGAAGUUGCCGGAUUGGUAUUUAUAGAUGCUGGCGAUCAACGGGCCUGGAGGACUAUGCGAUUUGAUUACAAGGCAUGGAAGUCUCAGAUUGGAACUCGACUCCCGCGAAAUUGGCAGAGAAGCACACUGGAGCCGAGAUCAUAG